ACCCAAAGGUUAGCGGUUAAAUUUGGUCCGUCCCGUCCAGAACCGCUACCGUCCGCUCCAGUUCUGCCCCGUUUUGUGUUCCGCUUCAGGCCUGCUGGAUAGGAAGAAAAAAAGAAACCUAGCAACGGCCGCGCCUGGCAGCCAUGAUGAAUAAUGAAACUCCCACUGUGGUGUUGCCAUGUGUGAUUAAAAGCUUCAUGAAACAGUUUCAAUGCGGGAGGUUUUACACUGACUAUAGAGAGAGUCUUCCCCCUUUUGUCAGGUCAGCUUCAACCAUAACCGUUUAAGAGCAGAGGAGUUCACUGUAACACUACAUGGGCCUCUAAGGUAACCUGAUCUGAUAAUUAAGCCUCUUGAACUUCCACCAUCAGCUAGAAAGCUACAAUUUCAACCAAGACAUGGACCCAUCUACUCGAGUGGUGGGUCUGGAUGCCCAGGGGAACAUGGUUUUCACAGUGGUAAAACCAGUUAUGGGCAUCUUUCAGGUGUCUUCAGAGCAAACAGGUAGUGUUGCACAAGGGGGCAUGGGGCUGCAGGGUUUGUCUGAAAACACUCUGAUCCUCCCUCAAGCACAAGGCCAGGCUCCGCUAGACCAGAACCAGGUGGACAUGCACACCAUGCAGCCUCAUAUUCAGCCCCAGAUGCAGGUUUCUGCCCCAGCACAGACUGAGGAUGUGUCCCAGAAUCAGGACCCGCCACCAAAUCCAAGCACGAAUUCCCAGACCCAUAUGCCUUUUGCGGAGGUGUCGUCACUCCUGGAUCCCAACAUGAAAGGCUCUAAGGCUCGGAAGUAUCUCAUCUCGUAUGAUGAAAUUAAACGCCGCCUGCAGGCCCCGGAGAAGAUGUCCCUGCGCUCGUUGGCAGCCUACACUCGGGUCAGCAGAGGCCCGGCCAGCAAGAAAACCCUUCUGGAGUCACUCAAUGUCCUCGGCCUCACUCCAAGCACAACUACCUCCGUAUCCUCCUCGUUCUCCAAACUCACUGAAGGUGACACUGGAGCUUUGUGUGACGAUAUGAAGGACUUUGCCCAUGACUACAUCGACUACGGCAACAUGGCUAAACAGCUCAUCCCCGAGACAAAUACAGUUCAACACUGGUCCAAAAUUAUUGAAACUAAGAACCACCUUGAGGAUAUGAGAAAAUGUUUCAAGGACCCGGUCAACAGCGGUGCGUUUGAUAAUGUCACUCAUGGCCUGGGUCUGGGAAUGUUGGACGUUGCACUGGACAUGGUCAUUAUGGUAAUUGAACAGCAGAUCCGGAUCCUGUCUGGCGCAGCAGCGUCAGACCCAGCUGACUCUGGUCCGCCAAUGCGGCGUAUCCGCAGGCGCCACCGCAAAACCCGCCCCACUGACAGCGAAAAGUCUCACAAGGUGUCUGGCGGGGUCAGUGAGCAAGGGAAGGUCAUUUCAAAAGGCAAGGGGCGGGGAAGAGCCAAGAAGAAGAUAAGGCAGGAAACUGGAGUUCCUGGUCCUGUGGAAACUCCUGUAGAACAAGGCAAACCAGAUGAUGUGGAGAGUAAUGUCCUCACUCUGGUUUCUGUAGGAUAUGAGACUGUUUCCAGUGGUCUGAAUGCGUCCGGAACUGUUUGACACCGGCUCACAUGACCGGCCUAAAGAACAAAUCAUGGUCCCAUUCAAGAGAAUACUCAGCAGUAGGACUCAGACUUUGCACAAGUUGAGCUGGGUUGAGCUCCUGUGAAGGAGAUCACAGUUGUGGUGAGCCCAGCAUCAACGUAUAACGUCACAGCUUGAAGUCCAAGUUAAAGGAAUAGUUCGACAUUUUGGGAAAUACAUUUAUUCUCACAUCUGUACAGUAAAUACAGAGCUGGAGCCAGCAGCUGGUUAGCAGGUCUUAGCAUAAAAACUGGACAGAGCCAGGCUUGCUAAGCUAAGCUAACCAACUGCUGCUACAUAUGGGAGGGAUAUCCAUCUUUUCGUCUUAGCCUCGGCAAGAAAGCAAUGAAGUGUAUUUCUUAAAAUAUCAACGUAUUCUUUUGAGAGAAUCCUGUUUCUUUAGUAGCAGAUUUUGUAUGUAUGUAGUCAAACUGAGUCCAUUCUAUAUAUUAUUUUUUUUAUGCUAUGUUUUCAGUGAACAGAACAAAAUCUUCACCGAUGUAUGUAAAGAUGUAAACACGGAGAAAACCUGUCCAUGCACAGGGACAGACAAUAAUAGACAGAUAAUAACUGAUUAUAUUUUUUGCUGGCAGUACUACGUCUCCUGUCUCCCUGUUGUAUUUAUUGUUUAGAUUUCCAUCUCUAUCGUUCUGUACUAGAUUGUUGAAAAGUCUGUUUUUACUGGAACCUCAAGAGUUGAGUAAAAUAUAAAGAUUUAAUUUUCCUAA